CAACAGUCUGAAGAUGAAUUCCAGAGACUGCACCAAAUGGAAAUCUUCUCCACGAAUUAGGCAAUAUUAAAAACUUCUGGCUGCUCCAAAACUUGCUUUGCACUCCAAUACUUGCCUUCACACUUCAUUAAACUCCCUCCCACAGUGGUAGGACUACUGUCAAAGAUUAGAUAAAAGCUGAUAGUGAUCUUUCUCUACAUUCAACUCUGCUAGUACUCCAAAUCAAAUGAAGAAGAUGGUGUGCCUUUCUCUCCUCUUCUUCCUCUCUCUCCUCAAUCUCACUGGUGGGAGUCAAGAAUCUGUCGAACACUUGCCUCUCCACGACCCAUCUCCAGCGGUCCUCCAAUCCCUAUCCCACACUGGAACCCCAAUUGCUGUCUCCGUGGGUACUGAACACUUGAACGAGGUCUCAAACAGUGUGGUUUCAGCCGAAAACUGGCUGAAAACCCACGUCCUAUCCCACUACCCAGCCACGAAAAUCACCACCAUUGUUGUUGGAAACACUGUUUUCUGCAACAGAAACCGACACCAAGAAAUGGGUUUGGUCCUUCCUUCCGUUAAAAACAUUUUCCACUCCCUCACAAGGUGGGGUUUGGAGAGAGACAUCAAAGUCUCCGCUUCUCUCUCCUCCGACUGCUUCAACCCUUCCUCUGCCACAUACAAGGACGGCUUGUCUCACAUUUUCAUCAAACCCCUCCUCGCCUUUCUGGAAAACACAAACUCAACUUACUCGAUAAACCCACCUCCUGAUUUUUACCCUUCGCCGGAAGACACACUGACCCUAGUCUCAUCCCACACAGAAUCCAUGAAAAACAUUGGGGUUUUUAACCUAAACAAGAUCAAUGUGCUGAUUGAAACCCCAAGAGAUGCAAAAUCCAUCAGCAGGAAGCUCUCAUUCAUGGAUUCCAACGUGGUUGAGCCUUUCCCGGCUAGACCAACCCCAUUAGGCCCAGCCCAAUCCCCCACUGGCUACUCUGUUCCAGCAUUUGUGGCCAAAAGCCCUCACCCUCCCUUAAUCGGCACGUCUUCUUCUCCGCCGCCGUUUUCACUUCCCUCUGCACCGAAACUGGCUCCGGUUUUCGCCCCGUCGCAUCCUCCGUAUGGGUUUAAUUUGCCGCCGCCGUGUAACCCCGUACCUCCGCCCGCGUUGGGGGCGGUGAGUACUGCGGUUUGGUGCGUGGCUAAGCCCAAUGUGCCGGCGGAGACGUUGCAGGGGGCAAUGGAUUAUGCUUGUGGUGAUGGUGGGGCGGAUUGCAGUGCGAUUAAGCCGCAGGGGAGUUGUUAUGCUCCUGAUACUGUUGUGGCCCAUGCUUCUUAUGCUUUCAACAGUUACUGGCAGAAGAACAAGAGGAAUGGUGGGACUUGUAGUUUUGGUGGCACUGCUAUGAUCAUCAAUGCCGACCCAAGUUUUCGACACUGCCGGUUCAUUCUUACCUAGUCAAAGCAAUGGAAGCGGUGAUUACUUUCCCUACAUUCAGAAAUUUAAGUUUACAAUCUUGUAGUGAAUCUAGUUUUUGUUGUCCUCUUUACUGCUGUUGCUAUAAUAGAGAGCAAACAUGUUGAAGGCAGUCAAGUAGGAAUCCUAAAUACCUGCUUAUCGAAAAGAAAGAAAAACCCUCUUUUGACUUGUGGUAUGUAUAUUUUUAAGCUCUUUUGGUUAGAGCUACUGCUAAUAUUUAUAUCCACCACCCUUCCUGGA